UAUCAUGCAGCUGCGGUGUUAAUGUAAGAGUGUCUGAUUUGCACUGUUUCUCCGGAAUAAAGCUGAAAUAAAGGGUUCUCUUCAUGGAGAACGACAUUCUGGACUCUCUGGAGGAUUUGGGGUAUCAGGGGCCGCUGUUGGAAGAUGUGUCUCUGCAGGCGGCGGUCAGCGGCGGCGCUGCGUCUCCAGAGUUCACCAAACUGUGCGCGUGGCUCGUCUCCGAACUCAAACUCUACUGCAGGCUGGAGGAGAACGUCCACGCCACCAACUGUCCAAGUGAGGCUGAGGGUUUCCAGUUGGAGAUGAGCGGUUUGCUAACAGAGUUAGCGUGUCCAUACUCCUGUCUCACACGCGGAGACGUCACGCAUCGUCUACUGAACGCCAAGGACUGUCAACUACUGCUCACGUUUCUGAUCUCGGAGUUGGAAGCUGCUCGGAUGAUGUUGGUGAACGCUCCACAGAGGAAAGCAGCUGAAGAUGGCGGAGGAGGAGGAGGAGGACCAGUGGGCUGCAGCGAGCUCUUCCUGGAGCUGAAGGGCAUCUGUGUGGCUCUGGGCAUGUCCAAACCUCCACCCAACAUCACCAUGUUCCAGUUCUUCAGCGGCAUCGAGAAAAAACUGAAGGAAGCGUUCUCUAAAGUUCCUUCUCAUCAUGUCGGUGCUCCUCUGAUGAUCAGAACCCUCGGCCCACUUCACUGGGAAAAAAUUGAAGCUAUUAACCAAUCUCUUGUGAACGAGUACGAGGUGAGGAGGAAAAUGUUACUGAAGCGUCUGGACGUGACGGUUCAGUCCUUCGGCUGGUCGGACAGAGCCAAGAGCCACACUGAGAAGUUGGCGAAAGUGUAUCAGCCCCUGCGUUCAGCGCUCGCCUUUAAGAGCAGAGUGUGUGUCGCUCACCUUCUCGCCGCCAGAGAGGACUUAUCCAAAAUCCUGCGCACGAGCAGCGGCCAGACCCGAGAGAAAACCUCCUGCGCCAUCAACAAGGUUCUGAUGGGACGUGUUCCAGAUCGUGGAGGAAGACCGAACGAAAUCGAGCCUCCUCCUCCGGAGAUGCCGACGUGGCAGAAACGACAAGACGGACCAACAGGGGGCGGCGGAGGGCGAGGGGGAGGCAGGGGUGGCUACGAUCAGCACCAAGGAGGACGAGGAGGGGGUGGAAGAGGGGAUAAAGGGGGUAAAGUACAAGGAGGCUGGUCAGACGGUGGGAAUCAGGGUCAUUAUCAAGAUGGAGGAAGAGGAGGAUACCGUGGAGGCUACCAUGCUGGGCAACAAGGGCAAGGAGGGCCAGGAUAUCAAGGGGGGCACCAAGGUCAAGGAUACCAAGGUGGAGGGGGGCAUCAGGGGCAAGGAUACCAAGGUAGAGGGGGUCAACAAAGUCAAGGAUACCAAAGUGGAGGGUACCAAGGAGGGCAUCAGGGGCAAGGAUACCAAGGUGGAGGGUAUCAAGGGCAGGGAUUCUCUGGUGGAGGUUACCAAGGGGGGCAGCAAGGGCAAGAAGGUGGUAACAAAGGUCACUACCAAGAUGGAGGGCGACAGCAGGAGCGAGGAGGAGGUAGAGGGGGUCGUGGAGGGCGAGGACGAGGAGGACGAGGUGGGCAAAGCGGAGGCUGGGGUGGUAGAGGGGGGCAGAAUUUUAACCAAGGAGGGCAAUUUGAGCAGUUCUUCCAACAUGGCGGGCAGCAGUAUAGCCAGGCAGGGUUCGGGCAGGGGUUUUACUCCAGCUGAGUUAGCAAGAGAUCAUCAGGAAAUGAGAUUUAGAACAAGAAUCACUUAUAGAUCUUACAAAGAUGGGUGGAUUUUUGAGAAUGAGAUCUUAUAAAGAAACAGCUGUUGCUUUUCUUGUUCUUCUGCUAACAGAUAAGCUAAUUGCUUGGCUUAGCUCAGUCCAGUAUUCUACAAGACCUUUGGGACGUGUAAGACUCGGAUAUUGUAUCGGUUAUUUUUUGUUUUUCGAAAGAAGCCUUAACUUGAUGCGUUCACCACGGAACUCAGUAGUGUUAAUAGCAUUAUUUAUUGCCAGCACUUGACUGUUGAGUUUGUUUCACCCCAUUUAGCACUAGAACUCACUACAACUCGACAUAGUGUUAUUGAAAUUACUUGAUGAUUUAAACGGACUGCAUCGUAGAGGGUUGUGUUUUGUUGUUUUUUUUCUUCCAUUUUUGCUUCACACAUUUGUUUACAAAAAUUGGGUGAUAACUUGGUGGAGGGAGAGAGAUGUUUCUUCAUCCAGUGCAUGAGUGUUCCUUUCGGUUUGAGUGGGAGAGAAAAGGGCGGUUUUCCGUUAAAAAGAAUUCCCAAUUCAGUUUGUUUGAGGAAUUGCUUUUGAAAAAGUGUUUCGGAUGUGUGUGAAGACUGACAGCAAUAAAGAAGAGUAUGGAA